AUGGCCAAGGGUACAACAAUGCUUCAACGUCAAGUGCUGGCUACCAAGGGUAGUGGUUCAUCGGGCGAGGCGACCAGCUCCGUAAGUGGACAAGGCGAGACAAUCCGUCGACCCGGCCUGACGGUACAGAAGCUGGAGCUGGACAGAAAUGGCAAAAGUCCGUCGAUAUUAGGAUUAAUGUGGAAGAAUGGGUUGGAGGAAAAGGCAGUCGGUCGUUUCCCGCGGCACAAAGUGGAUCGGCGUGUCUGGUAG